AUGGGUAGUGUAGACCAGGCCUUACCCAUGAAAGCUAUUGGAAACUAUCUACUAAAAAAGAGGUCAACCUCCUACAUGGAAGAGAAGAGAGAUACGAUCUACUGGAAAUCUGGAAUAAAGAUGCUAAUUCAUACAGAGCAAGACUGGCUGGAUUCCCAGCUGCUAAACUGCCGAGAGUUUGUGACUGCAGAGGCCCGGUGUAAAUUGAUCAGCUGGCUGAUCCCUGUGCACCAGCACUUCGGCUUCUCCUUCGAGUCCCUGUGCCUGGCAGUGAAUACCCUGGACCGAUUCCUCACCACCACCCCCGUGGCUGCCGACUGCUUCCAGCUGCUGGGAGUCACUUCCCUCUUCAUUGCGUGCAAACAGGUGGAAGUGCAUCCGCCCAGAGUGAAGCAGCUCCUAGCCCUUUGCUGCGAUGUCUUCUCCCGUCAGCAGCUCUGCAACCUGGAAUGCAUCAUCCUAAGCAAACUACACUUCAACCUGGGGGCACCCACCAUCAACUUCUUCUUGGAGCACUUCACCCACCUGCGUGUGGAAUCCUGCCAGGCAGAUGCCAGGGAGGCAAACAGUGCCAAAGCUCUGGCCAAAGGGAUGGCCGGACUUAGCAUGGCCGACUAUGCUUUUAACGAAUAUGCCCCCUCCCUUCUGGCUGUUUGCUCCCUGCGACUGGCAGACCAGAUAUUGCGCCACCAAAAUCCAUUGGACUUGCAUAUAAGUGGCUACCCAGAGGAGGUUUUACAGGAUUGCACGGACAAACUGCGUUUACUGGUGUCUUUAAAUGGAGAUUCUUUACCGCAUGUACUACGCCCUGGAUAUUUCUGAAAAGUGCCUGCAGCUGGGAAGUUAAGCUAACUGGACCAAUACACUUGAAACCCUCUUACGGCAUCCAAAGCAUCUGUGAAUUUUAAGAGCAAUUUCGUUCCUUUUCAUCAAUGCAUUGUAUGUUUAGAAACUAAUAAUUGCUAUACCUCUAAAGAUAACAGUAUUGGCCUUAUUCUCUUACUUAAUGGACUAAUCAGUGAAUUAUAUUUGUAUUUAUUUGAACUCUACAGUGUUGGUUUAGAGUUUUGAGAGAUGAUGAAAAUUAAAUCACAUUAUGCACAUUUAAUUACUGUAUGUUAAUUGCACUGACAGAUUUUAUAUAUCUACAUUCAAUGUGUAAAUAGUGUAUAUAAUCCAAGUACUGUACGAUUUAUUUAUUUAGAAAAUGGUUCACUAAGCACACCUUCACAGAAGCCACAGGAAGAAUAAAAGAACUGUAUAAGCAUUUCUUAAUACACUGUCACUGAUCAAUGAUGGUCUGUUUCC